GUGCAUUAAAAUGAAACUUUAAAAUUUUGAUUAUAGGGCGAAUUCUGAAUCGAUUUGUAUCAGACUGCUUGUCGGAGUGUCUCCACCAGAAAUAGUUGAAGUACAACCUGUUGGUGAUUUAUUUCCAAACCAUAGCAGAUGGACCAUCAAAUUUGAUAAACAGUUUGAACGACCGAACAGAACAACAUAUAUGUACUUCAAAGAUAAUGAAACGAAUGCAGUUGUAUACAAAAUCGACAUUUCAACAAGCAGAGAUGCUUAUUUUCCACAAGGUGCACUUGAAAAGACUCUUGUAGUGAAUACCAAUUUUGUGUUUACAGAAAAGAAACACUAUUACGUCAACUUAGAUCCAGGUGCCGGCAGAGGAAAGACCAACGAUUGCAAAGUUGAAUCAUCGGCAAUUCGCAACAAAACAUUUUGGCAGUUUAGAAUAAGAGAUGUAACAAAACCAGAACUAACCUUUAUAUCGAGACAGAAAGCAACGAAUGGUAAUAUUACUGUAUCAUGGACAUUCAACGAGCCUGUAACAUCAACAUGUACCAUUGUAAAACCAGACGCGACAGCAAAGGCGAACUGUUCAGAUUACUGGUCAGGUGACAACCUGGAAGAGGGGUUUUAUACGUUAUUCAUAUAUGGGACAGACUUGGAGGGAAACCAAGCAGACGUUGGAAAAUACGAAUUCGAAAUCGAUACAACUCCACCGGAUAUUGUUAUCAACGAUAAACCACAUUACAUAAGCAAACAGCGACAGUUCACAUUCAUCUUAAGCUGCAAUGAAAACUGUAGUACCUACUGCAGUCUUUAUGAAGAAGGAAGCCUUCCAACGUAUGUCAUCUGUAGUUUAUCCAACACUAUGUUUAGUUUGAAAGAUAACACCACUUAUGUUUUUCUUGUGAAAGCUGUCGACGCUGUUGGAAAUGAAGGCAAUAGCACAUUUUACAGAUUUAAAACAGAUUUCAUCCCACCUUCGAUGACUACACUCGUAAAUAAGACACUCACAUGUGGCGCAGAUUUUAAUCCAAACAUAACUGACAUCCCAAUUGUAACAGACAAUAAUCCUGAGGGAACGAACAUUCUUUAUACAGACAGUGUAGGAAACAACUGUGGAAUUCAAAGAGUUUGGACUGCAACUGAUGCUGCAGGGAAUGAAGCUACACAAACACAAGUAAUCUCAUUUGAAUCUCCGACACCAAUAAGGUUAUUGUUUGCAAGAGAGGCAUUGGUUCCUUGCGGAGAUAUUGAUGAUUUUACAAAGAGCAUGCAAGAAUAUAUUUCAAAUAAUAUAAACCACCCUUGCGGAAUACCUUUUAAAAGAAUUUACUUUACAGAUUCAACACUUCUUAACAAAUGUGGUAUCACAAUUAUACGAACAUGGCACAUUGAAGAUAGUUGUGGAAGCACAGCAAAUGGCACACAGCAAAUUAAAAUUUUACAACUGGAAGUACCAGUAACGCCUAAAAAUGGUCAAGUGAAUGUAGAAUUACAGUCCACAUUACGAUGGCCAGCCUAUCCAAACGCUAUCAAAUAUGAAAUAUAUCUGUGGCUGUAUGGACAAGAAAAACCAGAACAACCAGUUAUUACCAUUCAAUGGCGUACAUAUUGGAGAACGUCCAGAUUAACGUCCAAUACAAAAUAUUCAUGGAAGGUUGAAAUUGAUAUUGGAGAGAAUGAUACUAUUCCUGGUCCAAAAUGGUCAUUUGAAACGAGAAAAAUUCCAGAUUUGACAAUUGAACAUGUCAAAGUUCCAACGGUCGCAUUCUCAGGACAAUCAUUUGUUGUUCAAUGGUCAGUGCGUAACACUGGCACUGGGAUAACAGAGACUUCCAGUUGGUAUGACCGAGUGUAUUUUUCUUUAAGCGACAGUUUAGAGGACGCAAAAAGAUUCAGAAGUCCAACAUAUGUUUGGCAAAGGAAUAUCUUGUUCCCAGAAGAUGGAUACACAUCUCAAGCAAAGGUGAAUUUGCAUGAGAGCGACAUUGGCUUAUUUUGGGUAUUUGUUGAGACCGGAUAUCAAGACUUCAAUACAACAAACAAUGUACGUGUCAGUGAUCAGCGUGUAGAUGUUAAACUAACUCCUCCGCCGGAUUUACAGAUUGAUUCGAUAAUAAUUCAAGAUGUUACCUUCUCAGGGUCUUCUUUACCUGUUAUUUACAAUGUUCGUAAUCAUGGAGACGGUGCUACCACUGCUGAUGCUUGGGAAGAUGAUAUUUACUGGUCUGAGGAUGAUAAAUUUGAUUGGCAAGAUAUUCGCCUGGAAAGACACUACAGAUUAGGCAAGUUGGUUCCAGAUGAAAGCUAUACAGUGCAUUUAACAGUCUUUGUUCCCCGAAAUAUAUAUGGAAAUUACACUAUAAUCGUUCACUCUGAUAGUGGCAAUGAUGUAUACGAACAUGGGAUGGAUGAAAACAACAGGAGGGUUUCAAAGGUACUUGAUGUAACACUGACUCCUCCACCAGACCUUACAAUAAGAGAAAUAUUUACUGAAAAGACGCUCUAUGUCACCGGUGAUGCCAUGGUUAUAACAUGGACUGUUAUAAAUGAUGGUUACAGAUCACCAUAUGCCUUUUAUUGGAUAGAUAUCAUAAAAUUGAUUUCAUUGGAACAACUUAGUCGAUCCUAUAUUAUAGGUCAACAAUCAUAUAAUUCAAAACUGGACCCAACAAUGUCAUACAGUCAUUCAAUCACUUAUCGUAUUCCCGCAAAUGUUCAAUCUGGUACUUAUAACAUCAGUGUUAUUACAGAUUACUAUAACCAAGUUUUUGAAUUUCAAAAUGAGGACAAUAAUGUUCUCAAUAAGGAGAUUGAAAUACAAAAAGCUUUACCAGAUUUGUUAGUGACCAACAUUACCGUUGAAGUACAGUCAAAUGUGACAUUCAACUCAAUUAGCGUUUCGUGGACAGCUGAAAACAAAGGCGAGGGAAAAACACUAAUUUCAAGGUGGAUUGAUAAACUAAUUGCUGUUGUUCACUCCAAUAAUAAAUCCGAAUACACAUUAGGACAAUUCUACAGUGGAGAUGACCACAUAUUAAGACCCAGUCAGAGUUAUAUUAUACAAAAUGAAUUGGUGCUACCACCACAUGUGUAUGGCGAUGUGGUUUUUCGUGUCCAAGUUGAUUACUUGGGUCAAACUGCUGAUGACAAUAGGAAUAAUAAUAUGGAAAUGACACACAUGUUUGAUAUACCUCUCAAAUCGCCUGAUUUGUAUAUUCACAAAUUCAAAGUCAUAUCUGACGAAGUAUAUAGCGGUGGCCAACUUGAAUUGGAGUGUUCAGUAGGUAACCUAGGUGUUACCAUUCAAUCGAAUCAAAGGUGGUACCAGAAAAUUAUUGUUUCCUCUACUAGCUCACAGUAUACAGACAUUGUUUCAGAAGAAUCCGUACAAUUAGGACCUUUACAUACAGAGCAGAUCUCUCGCACAACUACUUUACUUCAAAUUCCGAAAUUACUCCAUGGUGAUGUAUACCUGCAUUGUAUUGUAGAAACAAAAGAUGAUUUGUUUGAAGGCCGAGAGCCUCCGAGAAUAGAAAAUAAUCACAAAAUUAUUACUCUUUUUGUUAACAGACCGCCAUCGCCUGAUCUGAUAAUUGACUUUUUGAAAGUUUCGUUGAAGAAUUCGUCAUCCAGUCAAUCAUUAGUUUCUGUUACUUGGUCAGUACAUAAUAAAGGGAAUUCUAUGCCUUUCCGGUCUAUUUGGUUUGACGCAGUUGGAAUAUCACGUCAAAAUCAUGUACAAAUAUCCGAUAUAGCUAGACAUAUUGAAAUACUAUAUACUUUUGAAAUAAUUCAUGGACUUGAAUCAUCUGCAUCCUACUCGAUGUCGAAAACAGUUGUUAUUCCAAAACAGUAUGUAGGAACAUACUUCUUAUAUGUUAUCACGGACUAUGCAGAUACAAUUUUUGAAUUUAAUGAAGAGGAUAACAAUAUAGAGGCGAGCAAACUAAUCGUUAUACAUCCGAUACCAAUGUCUCAACUUAAUGUAUCUUUUCUUUUCAAUGAAACCAUGUUUACACCUGGAAGUAGCAUAAGUACUUCUUUUUUUACUGAAAAUACUGGAUCAGCCCGUACACGUUUGACAUCGUGGGAAGAUCUCGUUUACAUAUCUCCAAUACAGAAUGCAUCAAAAGAAAUUUUACUUGAUUCAGGAUAUUUACUUUCAACAACACUUCACGUUGGAGCUUUAGACCCUGGAGAGACUUAUUUGACAAACGUAAAACUCAUUAUUCCAAAUGAUAUUAACAGUUUAGUAUUCUUUUACACUAUGUCGUUUGAUGCUGAUGAGACAGGAUUAUCUGUAGAUUUAAGUUCUCAAGCCUCGUCCCUGUAUUUUCACAAGAAAGCAAUAUAUGUUGACCACAAUAGUCGCCCAAACAUUAUUGUUUCUGCAAAUGAAAGUAUCGGACCACAAAAAGGUGGUCAACCGCUUUUAAUUAACUAUAAUUUUACAAACAAUGGAGUUAUUAAAUCUACAAGAGUAUUUUACAACAGUUUGUAUCUAAGUGAAGAUUAUUUCCGAGAUGAAUUUGAUCUUAAACUGAAAACUAGCUUUUAUUCUGAAUCAAUAUCAGUAAAUGAAACAAUAAAUGAUACAGUUUCAGUAUUUCUACCAUAUGAUUUAAAGAGCAGAAAUUAUUUCAUAAUCAUUGAAGUUGACAGUGGAAAUGCUAUAUAUGAGUUGGAUGAGUUAGAUAAUGAGUUUGUUAUUUCGAUGUCAAUAGAGCAAACACUAAGCACUGACGUUGCUGUAGUCGACGUUAAAACAGCUGAAACAGUUUCAUAUGGUGAUAAUUUAGAAGUUCACUGGAAACUUCGUAAUAAUGGAACUAUAAGUGCACAGGGUUAUGCAUGCGAUUCGGUUUUUCUCUCUGCAGACAGAAAAUGGGAUAUUGAAGACAAGCAGAUAGGACAAACUACAUGUAGAUUUAUUACAUUACAACCCUAUGAUCAUCUAAGUUCAACUACAGAUGUAAGUAAUUCUCUAAGUGGAAAAAUACCGGAAAUGUCCGAAGCUUCAUAUGUGGCAAUGGUAAAAUCUAGAUCCAAUAUACUGGACGGGUAUUUGGAGAAUAAUGUCGGGUUCAGCUAUAAUGGAACAAAUAUUAAAGUAACGCAUUUAUAUCUCAACACUGUACAUGACAUACGCAUUGGUACAGAUAAUGCGAAACUAUUCCUUUUACCAAAUAUUUCAUCAGAAGAAACCAUAGUUAUAAGGUCUGAAUGUAAAAACAUCGACACAUUUUAUGAGAUAAAAGUAAAAUAUGGAAAAGAGGCAACAGAUGUUGAUUUUGAUUAUAUUUCUGAUGACCCAUUUAAAUCCAACCAAACACUUACUAUACCUAUGACUAAAUCUGGUAACUAUUAUAUUCUAGUAACUACUACAAACUCAGAUGAUCAAGUUUCAUCAGUGGAUGUGAAUCUUUUUGUGAAACUUGCUAGAUUUGAGAUAAUGAGUGUUUUUCCAACUCGAGCAAUUCCGAUUGGUAAUGCAACAUUAAAAAUUGAAGGAACGCUGUUCCCAGAGGAGUUAGAUAUGACGCUAUUCAGUACAACGUUUGGAGAAUUGAAACCGCUAAAGAUAUUUCGAUUUUCAUCGACACUCUUGUAUGCUACAUUUGAUUUCCGUUUAACGAUUCGAGGCCAGAGGUUUUCGUUAACUCUGACCAACUCAUUGAUUGGAAACACAACAAUAUUAGAAGAUGCAUUAGAAAUUAGUACUGGAGAAGUUGGUAAAGUAUCUACUCAUAUAGACAUGCCAAAUGCACUGCUUCCAGGUCAACGUGGUUUAAUGUAUCUAUAUAUCAACAACAUUGGCGAUACGGAUAUCGUUUCACCCCUUAUAUUUAUCCAAACUAAUGGAAUUGCUCAUUUGAAUUUCGAAAGUGACUCUGACGAAGUGCAGUUCUGGGAGCAAAACAUCUUGAUAGCUAGCUCUGAAAAUACACCAGGAGGUGUUUUACCUCCUGGCGCAUCAUAUAGAUUCGUGUUCAAUGUCAAACAAAUAGACAAUUCAAAAAUUGGGAAAAGUAAAAUAAGUGUAAGCUUAAUCAAACCAUUGAAAGAGACUAAUCAUGUAUAUGUCUCUACUAAAGAUCAACUGCGAACUAGCGAUAUAAACGACGAGGCAUGGGAUCGAAUAUGGGACAAUUUUAUUCAGUUGAUAGGUACAAGCUGGUAUUCCCUCAACUGGAAGGUUUCUGAAAUAAUGAAUCAAUUAAGUCUCGCUGGGCGUCAUGUUAAUCAGCUAUCAGAUGUCGUUACAAUGUUACUAGACAUGGCAGGUGGACAUAAUGAGGACACAAUACUGACUCAAGAAAACGACAUUAUAGUGAGAAGACAGGCAAGAAAUCUUGUUUUAGAUUUCACGAGAUUCUUUUCAUCAAAAUUAUUUUCUAGAUAUCAUAAAAGCGUGAUGGGAAAGGGAUGGAUGCUUCCAUAUUGGUAUGUACGAAAACACACACAUUUUAAUUUUCAUACUGACUAA